AUAUUUUUGAAAAUUUUUAAAAUGAAUAUUACUUAUAUUAUCUCGCAAGUUAUUUUUGCUGCGUUUUCUCAAUUGAAAAAAGGUCUAUGCAACCUUUUCCCAGUUAAAGUUAUCAUCCGAAGAGUUUUCCAGAUCUAGUCUUAGAAUAGUGGAAUAUUUGAUGCUUAUGGAAAAUGGCUUCUUCUUCUUCUUCUUCUUCUUCACAUCCUUCUUUGCCAAUGGCCUCUCAAGAAAAGUACGAUGUGUUUCUAAGUUUCAGAGGUGAAGACACCCGCCAAAAUUUGACCAGUCAUCUUUAUGCUGCUUUAGAUCGGAAGAAAAUCUGCACAUACAUGGAUCACAAACUUGAGAGAGGAGAUGAAAUUUCACCAGCACUUGUCAAAGCAAUCCAGGAAUCAAAGCUCUCCGUUAUCAUUUUCUCCAAAAACUAUGCAAAUUCCUCAUGGUGCUUGAACGAACUCUUGCACAUACUCCAAUGCAGGAGAAACAAUGGACAGUUCGUUAUUCCAGUUUUCUACCAUGUUGAUCCAACGCAUGUACGGAAACAGGAGGAGAGUUUUGCAGAAGCUUUUGCUCAACUUGAAGCGCGUUUCAAGGGGACCAAUAUGGACUUGGUCAAACAGUGGAGGGCUGCUUUGGAAGAAGCAACUAAUCUAUGUGGGUGGGAUUCAGAGGUCACUAAGCCAGACUCCAGGUUGGUUGAGACAAUUGUAGAAGAUGUUUUGUGGAAAUUGGACUUGGUAUCACCAUCUGAUUAUCAUUUGGAAUGCUUGGUUGGAAUCGACAAACGCUAUCAACAAAUUAAAUCCUUGCUGUGCAUCGGCUCACCAGAUGUUCGGAUUGUUGGCCUUUUAGGCAUGGGCGGUAUAGGAAAGACAACCAUUGCUGGUGUUCUGUUUCAGUUGCUGUCUUCUCAGUUUGAGAGCUCUUACUUUCUCAAAGAUGUUAGAGAGAAAUCAGCCAAAGGUGAACUAGACUAUUCGCGUAAGGAGCUUCUUUCUGAAUUGCUAGAGGGUGAAAAUCUUAAUAUGAGCAAUUCUUAUAUAUUACCACCUUUUGUUAGAAAAAGGCUCAAGCGUAAAAGGGUUCUAGUUGUUUUUGACGAUGUGGAUAAAUUAAGCCAAUUUAAAAGUUUAGUCCAAGAGCCUGAUCAAUUUGGAUGUGGAAGUAGAAUCAUAGUAACAACUAGAGAUGAACGGGUGCUUAGAAAUAUUAAUGCUCAUAUACACAAAGUGGAACAACUGAAUAGUGAUGAGGCUCUUCAACUCUUUCAUUUGAAUGCUUUUAGAACAUGCUCUCCUAUAACAGAUUACUCAAAGUUGUCACAAGGGGUGGUAAAUUGUGCUAAAGGCAUUCCUUUAGCUCUUGAAGUUCUGGGCUCCUUACUAGACGGCAAGAGCAAAGAAGAAUGGGAAAGUCAAUUGAGUAAAUUGAAGAUUACUCCCAAUCGAGACAUUCAUAAUGUUUUGAAAAUAAGUUAUGAGACACUAGAUGACAGAGAGAAAGAUUUAUUUCUUGAUAUUGCAUGUUUCUUUAAAGGGGAGGACAUAAGUAAUGUGCAGAAAAUAUUGGAUGGUUGUGGUUUUUGUGUAGACAUAGAAAUAAGCACUCUCAAAGACAAGUCUCUAAUAGCAGUCUACAACGACCGGCUAGAAAUGCAUGAUUUGUACAAGAGAUGGCUUGGGAAAUUGUUCGUGAACAAUGUUUUAAAGAGCCUGGAAAUCGUACUAGGUUGUGGAUUGUUGAGGAUAGUCAGAGACAAACACAUUUCUUCAAUUCUUGACACACUGCAUAUUGGCAUUCUCAUUUGUUUGUUCUUGGUUGUUGAAUGUAUUCAGGGAAAAGAAGCAGUUGAAGGCAUAUUCCUAGACGUGAGUGAUAUUAGAGAGGUAGAAUUGAAUCCCAUGACCUUCUCAAACAUGCGUCAUCUACGGUUACUCAAAAUUUAUAAUCAUAAAACUGGACGCCGAAUGGAGUGCAAAGUUUGCCUUCCUCAAGGCCUUGAGCAUCUUCCUGAUAAUCUUAGAUACCUCUUCUGGGAGGGAUACCCUUUGAAAUCUUUGCCAUCAAAAUUUUGUCCAGAAAAACUUGUUGAACUCUGCAUGACCCAUAGCCAGCUUGAGCAACUUUGGGAUGGAGUCCAGAAUAUUGGCAAUUUAAGAAAGAUUGAUCUCAGUUACUCUGUGCACCUGACUCAAAUCCCAAAUCUCUCUAUGGCUUCAAAUUUGGAGAGCAUAAACUUUGAGAAAUGUACAAGUUUGCUUGAACUUCCUUCAUAUUUUCAAUACCUCAACAAGGUUACGUAUCUGAAUCUAAGAUGCUGUUCAAAUCUUCAAAUCCUUUCAGAAAUACCACAAGAUACAGAGUACUUAGAUUUAUAUGGGACUGCAAUUGAAGAAUUGCCUUUAUCAUCCUCAUAUCUCUACAAACUUGUUCAUUUGGAUCUAGGCAAAUCUGCAGCCCUCAAGAAUUUUCCUGGAAGCACUUUUAUGCCCUUCUCCCAAUAUUUGUCAGAUUUUGGUGGGAUAUAUAUUAGAGCUUUGCCCUCAUCAAUUAAGCAUUUGACUAGUCUCAUUAACUUGCAUUUUUAUUCAGAAACAUUUGAUUCUACAAAAGAUUUGUUUUCUGCUUUUUCCUAUGAUGAUGUAUGGGAUUUUGAAGAAGAAGAGUGCGACGAUGAUAUAUGGGAUUUCGAAGAAGAAUAUAUAUGGGAUUUUGAAGAAGAAGAGUGCUAUGAUGACAUAUGGGAUUUUGAAGAAGAAGAUAUAUGGGAUUUUGAAGAAGAAGAGCGCUAUGAUGAUAUAUGGGAUUUUGAAGAAGAAGAAUGGGCUUUUGAAGAAGAAGAGCGCUGUGAUGAUAUAUGGGAUUUUGAAGAAGAAGAAUGGGAUUUUGAAAAAGAAGAGCGCUAUGAUAAUAUCUGGGAUUUUGAAGAAGAAGAGCAUUAUGAUGAUAUAUGGGAUUUUGAAGAAAAAUAUAUAUGGGAUUUUGAAGAAGAAGAGCGCUGUGAUGAUAUAUGGUAUUUUGAAGUAGCAGAGCGAUGUCCUUAUAUAGUAGAAAUAGAGAUUGAGUCACCCUCACCAAGUGAAUCUGAACUUCCAGAAGAUUCGCCUUCUGUUUUUUCCGAUGAUGAUAUAUCGGAUUUUGGAUCUUCCAAAUUUGAUGAAAGCAACAAAUGUAAGUUAUAUAAUCUUGGAUGGUUUCCCACUUCCCGCCGUUUAAAGCUUUGGAGGUUGCCUCUCCGGGAUGGUUGGUUCUCUGUGUGUAAUCUCAAUUUAAGCUGUUGCACUAAAUUACAGAUCCCUGAGUCUCUUGGCUGUUUAUCCUCGUUACAAAUUUUGAAUCUUAGUGGAAGCAAUAUUGAGCGCAUUCCUACAAGCAUCAAGCAACUUUGUAAGCUGUACAGCCUUGACAUAAGAAAUUGCAAAAGCCUCAAAUCUUUACCAGAUGAGCUUCCAUGGUUUCUACAACAUUUAGAAGCAUCUGGCUGCACUUCGCUGGAGAAAGUGCCAAGUUUAGGUGCUUGCCUCAAGAGAGGUUGGGACCAGAUAAAAAAGGUGCAAGAAAUAAAACCAAGUGAGGAUUUUAUAUUUUUUAACUGCCCAAAAUUGGACCAGAAUGCUAAGAACAACAUAAUGGAUGAUGCACAGCUCAGAAUUUUGCGCGUUGCAACUUUAGCAAAGGAGAUUGGACCUGUGGUUCAUGUAGAAUAUUUCCAGCCUUAUAGAGCUAGCAUUUGUUGUCCGGGAAGUGAAAUUCCAAGGUGGUUCAAGUACCAAACUCAAGGAUCUGAUAUCGAUCUUAACCUGGAAUAUUGGUCUGUUACUGAUUUACUGGGCUUUGCUGUCUGUGCCGUUAUUGAAUUUGAUGAGUGUUUUACUCAUGAAAAAAACCGCCUCUCAAGAUCAUCUCUAUGUGAAUCCCACUUCUUCAAAGCCAUCAUUAAUAAUAAUAAUAAUGGUGAUGAAAGCUAUGCACUUGAUUACAUUGAAUCGGAUGGGGAGUUUUGUUCACGUGUAGCUGAAGAUAAUAUCAGACUUGAGAAAUCUAGCUAUCUGUUCCAAUGGUAUCACUGCUUGAAGAUUUAUUCUCACACGACAAUCAAAAUCAAUUUUAACUUGAAUCCUACGUGGAUUGAGGGUGAUCCUAUUGGCUUCUUCAAGGUUAAAAAGUAUGGGAUUCGUCCACUGUAUGCUCAGGAUGCAAAAAAUGUGUUCAACCAACAUGUUGGGGGACCCAGUACUUCACAAGCCAAUACUGCAAGUGUGACUGUUACAUCCUAUGAUGAUGAUGAUAAAUUCCAAUCUCAUUCAAAGAGACUUCGUACGUCAAGAAAUCAACUUCUUUGAAUUUAUGUAAGAUUAGUUGGUGAGUAGUACUGAACCAUAUUGAAUUUGUUAGAUAUUACUAUUUGGUUUUCAAGACUAUUUUUUUUUUCUUUUUUUUUUUUUUCCCACUAGUGUUGGAUAUAUAAAAUAACUAUAUAUAUGUAUAUAUAUGUUCAUGCAGAUUCACUGCUCCCAAAUGAGUCUUUGAUGUGGUUUGUUUGCUCAGGCUUUGUUUUGUUAUUGUUUUAUUUAAAAAAGAUAUAGUACUUAAGUGAUCGUUUGACAGUGAUUAUCAGAAGCAAGAAGAUUAAUUUGUUAGCAAAUUAAGAUGAA